GAAAAUUAAGAUCCAAUGUUCUACUAAACCAGAUCGGAUGUGAAUUGUUGUAAAGGUAAUUCACGAUCAGACAGAGGAAAUGCUGUAUGUACAUGUGCUACACUUUCUAUGACGUUUGGAUCGCAAGUUAACCACCCAACAUUAUAACGGUUAAAAGUACACCUUUCGCAAUACCGAAGUGGAGCCAUUCUGAUACGAUGAAAAUCUACUCGAUUUUUUAUUUCUUGGCUUGGAUGUGGAUGCAGAUACACUGUCAAGAACUAGUUAUUGGGAAGGAAUUAGCCAUUGCAAAUGAUAAGAGAUAUCAAUUUGUUCACUACAGACCAAAUUAUUGGUGCCCACAGAAUCUUAAUGAAUGUAAAUGCGAAGGAGAAUACAGUUUUGCUUUGUUAACGUGCAAUAAUAUAAACAAUCGCACGUUAGAGAAAUUCUCGAGAAUUUACUUUCCUAAAAUCGAUUUUGGAAAAUUCUCUUUAACUAAUUCUGACGUUAAAAUUUUAUGGAGAGGAUUAUUCGGAAAAUUAACAUUUCAAUAUAUUUACAUUAAAAAAGUAUCUUUAAGAAUAGUAGAAACAGGAAUUUUUAAUCGUAUGUACGAUUCAAUGGAGAGAUGCGAAAUUACAAAUUGCGAUGUUCAUACUUUUCCCUUUUCGGACUUAAAAUUUUUUAAAAAAUUACAAGUUCUACGUUUAACUUAUAAUGCAAUUAAAAAUAUACCCGAUUCGGCAUUCGGAAACGUUCGAUCUUUAAAAAAAAUUUAUUUAGAUUUUAAUAAAAUUAAUUACAUCGGUUCGUACGCUUUCAAGGAUCUCGUCAAUCUCGAAAGUCUGGAUCUAAGAUAUAAUAAAUUAGUGGUUUUAAAUGAUUACGCUUUCGCUAUUAAAUCAAAAAAUAUCAAUUUAAUUUUAGAUUUAUCCUUUAAUUCGAUUUCUAUGAUACGUAAUAGCUCUUUUAAUAAUCAAUGUCCUAAAAAAUUGUAUCUUAAUAACAAUAACCUGAGGAUUCUCAAUAGAGGAACUUUUAAAUCAAUUGUGGAAAAGAUGGCUCAAGUCAAUGGAGGAGUUAUUCACGUGGAAGAUAAUAGAUUUACUUGCGAUUGCUCCAAGGCAGAAUGGUUGGUACUUUUACGAAAUGUGGAAAAGAGACACAUCAAAGGAUUUCGAUGCAAGAAUAAUGAUAAAGGAUUAGAAGAUUUAACGUUAUCCGAUAUGGGAUGUAAAAGUUAUUAGAAGCGAAAGUGUUCUGAUAAUUUGAUUUUUCUCGUUACACUUCAUCGAAAGCAAUUAUAACAAUAUUAAAUAAUUAAAUCUUGUUAUAAUUUUUAUAUUUUAAAACUAAUAAUUUCUCAUAUA